GAACAUUCAACUGUUUAACGUUGCUAUGUCGUGUUGGGUGGUCAAGCUUGCUGUGAUCGCCGCUCUGAGCUGCGCAUCCGUUGCUAGAUGUGAUGAAGCAUUGGUGCAGUCGAUAGAUGUCGGCGUUCGGAGGCUGCUGAAGAAUGGCAGGAAGACGCUUGAGCUGCAGGACGACAUCGUCAAGCUGCAGGAGAUCGAGAACGUGCGGUCGCGCAACGUCGAGGUGUGCAAGACGUGCCGCAUCGUCGUCGGCGAGAUGAUACAGAUCCGUCGCUACGGGCUGCAGAAGGACGAUUUCGGUCGACACGCCACCAAUCUGUGCAUCCUCUUCAACAAUUGGGACAAAGACAUUUGCAAAUCUUUCGUGAACAUCGUCACCCCGGUCAUCCUGAGCAUCAUCGACAACAGAAAGAAUUUGACCGAGGAGAGGGUGUGUUCCAUCUAUUUGCAGCAUCUAGGCUGCAGCGAUCCGAAAAGGGUCGACUGGAAUCUGCCGUUACCACCGAGGCCAAACCCGGACGAUUUGCUCGACGUCGUCGAGAUUGCUGGUAGCAACGCCACGAUGAAAGUACUGCAUCUGACUGACUUCCAUUACGAUCCUAACUAUCAGAAUGGAAGUAACGCGCGUUGCGAUAAGCUGCUGUGCUGCCAGAAGGAUAGCGGUGCUCCGAAGAAACCGGAGGAUGCUGCUGGUUUCUGGGGCGAUUAUAGAGUUUGCGACAUUCCCAGACGUUCCGUCGAGGAUGCCCUCGUGCACAUCAACACCACUCACACUGACGCCGAUUACGUUUACUUCACCGGUGAUAUAAUCGCGCAUCGUUCUUGGGACACGACCAUGGACAGCAACGAGAAAACGAUGAAGGAGAUCUUCAGAAUGCUGCGUGAGACUUUUGGCAAUAAAACCGUGUACCCGGUGCUCGGUAACCACGAAGCGCAUCCCACCAAUUUUUGGAUAAACUCGCAGGACAAGUCGAUUAGUUCGCAAUGGCUUUUCGAUUUCGUCGCCGACGAAUGGAGCAAAUGGUUACCGAAGGAAACGAUGAAGACGAUCAAGAAGGGCGGUUACUACACAUUGCUCAUCCAAGAGGGUUUGCGUUUGAUCGCACUCAACAGCAACGUCUGCUACACCGAUAAUCUUUGGUUGUUCUACGAUGAUGUUGAUCCCUUUGGGCAGCUGAAAUGGCUGAUCGACACUCUGGCCGAGGCGGAGAAAAAGAAAGAAUCCGUUCACAUCAUCUCGCACGUCCCGCCCGGCGACAAAUUCUGUUUGGCCAAUUGGAACGAGGUUUACAACAAGAUCGUGGACAGAUUUGCGGACACCAUAAGGGGUCAAUUCAACGGUCACACCCAUCUCGACGAGUUCCGUCUGCACUAUUCAUCCAAGAACAAAUCGCGCGUCGUAAACGUCGCCUUCAACGGCGGCAGUCUCACCACCUUCGUCGGUUUCAAUCCCAACUACAGGCUCUACCACAUCGAUCAAGACACGAAAGAAGUCUCCGAUUACGAUCAGUGGUAUUACAGUAUGGCUGAGGCGAAUCUCGCGUCGCAGAAGAAACCCAACUGGCAAAAACUGUACAGUUUCAAGGAAAUCUACGGACUGAGCUCCAUGAAGCUGGACGAGCUCGGGGGAUUGGUGAACAAUAUGGAAGGAAAUAGUACGCUGCAGCGAAUGUACUAUCAGUUCGAGGUGAGGAAGAGCGCCGCAGCAGAACCGUGCGACGAAAAAUGCUUGAAGGGAAAGAUCUGCACCAUCAGGAGCACGCAUUUCGCGGAUGCGAUUAACUGUUAAUUCACUGAUUUUACUGACAUUUCUUUAUAGUGUUAGUGGUAGAGUUACAAAUAUUUUAUUCAAUAAACAUUUUAAUUCUA